AGCUAAAUCAGAACCGACGGCUUUUUUUAAAUCUAAACUCUAAAUUGUCCACUUCAUUGACUACGUUUUGGAAGUUUCUGUCUGAUUCUGAACAAAUCUGAAACUUGUAUAACCUGUAAUUAGUGCAGCUCUGACGCAGUGAAAAAGACUAAACCUUUUGACAUAACAGAUUUCCUAACCUUCGCGCAAAGUCAGCUUUACACGCAGAAUCUCUCGUGCAAAAACACGAUGAAUGUAACUUCGUUAAGGUUUAAGGUGAAGUUAAACUAGAAUUUUGUCAAAAAUUUCUUUAUUACUACUAUUUAAGGUGAAGUCCGUCUGUUACAAUUUUAUUCAAAUCGCGGACGAUGUAUUCAGCAAAUAUACGCACUAGCGUAACACGCGCUUUUCGUAUGCGAAGAGAAAUACACGAUAAUGCGACGUUGGUCGAACAGUGUACGGAAAUUGUGAAUCGAAAUCCACGAAAUUUAGAGCGGUUGAGAAUAGCAAGAAAACCUCAGGGUUAUCAUCUCGAAGUACCCGGACACUCAUACUGGCACAAGCUGUUUGUGACCAAAAAACCUCGAUAUAUCGUUGCAGAGGUCCACCACUUCAAAAAUGGACCAGUUAUCACAGUAUCUAGUAAUGAAUGGGCAUUAAAGAAACAGUUGUAUCGAGGUACUGAUGGUUCAGCUUAUAUUAAUGUCGCACGCUUGUUAGCUCUGCGUUGUUUGGAAGCUGGAAUCUGUGAAAUGGAAGUUAAUUCUGAUUUGAAGGGAGAAAAGUGUGAGUUGUUACUUAAAGAACUAGAGAAUGGUGGAAUUAUUCUGACCGAACCACUAGUAUAUAAAUAUCCCAACUCUUGGGAUAGAUAUAGACCAGAAAAGCCAUGGGAAAUUCAUGAAUAAUAUUUGAUCAAUAUAAAUAAGCACACAAGCUAAUAAUGUUUAUAUCAUGUAAGUGAUAUGUAAAAUAUGUUGAUACAUUCGCGACCGGUAACGUAGUCCUACGUUAGUCAUUUUUAAAAUCUAGCUGAGGACGCAAUGUAGUUCUACGUUAAUUUAAUAUUAAUUUUCAAUAAUGAGUUUAAGCUCUUAAGUUCUAAACUACGCGAAACGGUCAUGGGAGUAAAA